CCUGCUAGUCCUCUACGCCUAUCGCCAUCAUCGACAUGAAAUCCAUCUUCGCCGCUGUGUUCUUGUUCGUCGUCUCUGCGCUCGCGCAGGGUAUCAGUGUCGCUAUUCCCGCCGAGGGGGAUACCCUCAUGGCUGGUCAAUCGACCGAUGUCGAAUUGGACUUUCCUAACUCAUUGACUGGAGUCGAACACGUCUCGGUCGUGAUUUCCUAUGUCGCAUGCUCUGUCACGCCUUGUAGCAAUAAUGCGAGUAUUACGAUGGGGAGUACGUUGUACGCUGGUAACUACACGCCUAUAAUCGGGGGCGAUCCCGCGAAGCCGCCCAAUCAGAACAUCAGCGUCACCCUCCCUUCCGGAAUGGCAGGUGGACAGACUUUAUUGAACGUUGCGCAUUUUUACCUUCUUGGCGCUUCCGCGACACCGAUUCUGGAGUACGCCAACGUUACUGUGAACCUGGAUAACUCGACAUCCACGAGCAAUGCAGCCCGCUUCAUUCGUGGUCGUGAGGCUCCGAAGCUUGGUUGAUGCGUUAAACAUCAUUGUGAUGGAAUAAUGGCUGGUUGUGUGUUUGGAGAACAAAGGGAGUACUGUUAUUUUGACUGUGUGCGAUUAUUGUGGGAAAUGUGAUGGACUUACGAACUGUACCUUGAACCGUUAUCCUUUUUGUGAUUGUUGUAAUCUUGUCUCCAAUUUGUAUUCCCUAUAUCUUGCGUACUAUUGUGUCAAUUACCAUAGCCGCCAUUUGUGCUACUCG